GUGAGAGGGAGAUUAAUCGGUGAAUCUGGUCCUCAAUUCUUCUGUAUUCUCUACAGGUUCAUUUCUCAUCUCCUUCCGUAUAUAUGUGUCUGUGUGUUCCAACUCACACCAACGCAAUCCUAUCUUGUCCAUAUCCCUCUUUGUGGUUCUCAAAUAUUCAAGAUUUCAAUUCCCCACAAACCCUUUUGCCCACUUCUGUUUCUAUUACCAUCAUCUCUCCAUAUUCGUCAAAAAAGAUUCCACUUUUCAAGAUUCAUGCCUCAAAAGCUAAUGGGAACUCACCAAUAACUAACAUCGGUUUGGUAGAAUCGUUCGAGGUAUAGGAGCAAGAUUUGCUCAAUUUUAACUUUCUUCGAUCAAUCUCGAGUGGGUUUAUCAAAUAAUCUGUAAAGAUGGGUGACGUUGCAAAGGACUUAGCCGCCGGAACGGUAGGAGGUGUAGCCCAGUUGGUGGUCGGACACCCUUUUGAUACCAUCAAGGUGAAGCUCCAAAGUCAACCGACUCCACCACCGGGUCAACUCCCCCAAUACUCCGGCGCCAUUGAUGCUGUUAAAAAAACCUUGGCAGCUGAAGGUGCAGGAGGUCUAUACAAAGGUAUGGGAGCCCCACUUGCCACGGUGGCAGUCUUCAAUGCGGUGUUGUUCUCAGUUAGGGGAAAAAUGGAGGCCAUUUUAAGGUCCGAACCCGGUGCACCAUUGACCGUGAAACAACAGACCAUCGCCGGAGCCGGUGCUGGUUUUGCCGUCUCCUUCUUGGCAACCCCAACUGAGUUAAUUAAAUGCAGAUUGCAGGCACAAGGUGCAGGUGCGUCGGUGGCAGAAGGUGGUGCAGCCGCGACGGCGGCGUUGAAGUACAGUGGUCCAAUGGACGUGGCUAAGCAAGUGUUAAGGUCUGAAGGAGGGGUAAGAGGUUUAUACAAAGGAAUGUUUCCCACAUUUGCUCGUGAAGUCCCUGGAAACGCCACCAUGUUUGGUAUCUAUGAAGCUCUAAAACAAUAUCUCGCCGGUGGAACUGAUACUUCCGGGUUAGGCAGAGGCUCCCUGAUGAUGGCCGGAGGGUUAGCCGGAGGUGCGUUUUGGAUUUCCGUUUACCCUGCUGAUGUCGUCAAGAGUGUGAUCCAGAUCGAUGAUUAUAAGAACCCUAAAUAUUCUGGAGCAAUUGAUGCUUUCAAAAAGAUUCUUAAAUCCGAAGGAGUUAGCGGUUUGUAUAAAGGUUUUGGACCUGCAAUGGCACGAAGUGUCCCUGCUAAUGCUGCUUGCUUUCUAGCCUAUGAAGUCACAAGAUCCAGUUUGGGUUAAAAUUAAAACCUAUCAUUUUUAACAUUUAUUGUACCAAAUUAUUUAUUAAUUUUCUUUUAUGCUUCAUGGGUUUUUCUUGAAAUCUAGUGUUAUCAUGUUUUAUGAUAACUUGUACCUUGUGCAUUAAAACUUGUACACCACAUGUUCCAACAUCCUUAACAUGAUUUACCUUUUUA